ACGCUUUUGCUUUUGUCGGUCGAGGCGGUAUGGACGUGGUCGCACCGGGUCGAGUCGCCCCCGUGCUUCGUAUGCGGGUUGCGGUAUGCAGUAUGCGGUAUGUGAUAUGCGGUAUGGGGGAUCGUACUCGUAAGGGUAUAUACAGUGUCGCCCGUAUGUGCGAAUCUGUAGGAUAGCCAGGAAGCAAUGCACAGGUCAAGCCGGGCAUGCCAUGCACCUCUAUGACCUUGUAUGGGCGGCGGCGGGGCACCAGCGGCUCUGUCUGCCCUCUUUUUCUCUCGCGGCGAAGGUCGAUGGCCGGAUUCUAGACGUUUGGACUGGCAGGGGGUUGCUGGAUGCAGAUGCAGAUGCACCAAGCCGUGGCCCCAGGGCUUUUUGCUCUUGGGGGAUCCCCGGGAGGAGUUCGUGCCUUGCUCUGGAUACCUACUCGUACAGGACAGUAGGUACAGGACAGGCGGAGGAGCGAGUGACGAUGCGGGGACGGGCGGAUUCGCACCGCAGUCACCGGCCUUCACGAUAUGCCAGGUUGGAGAUGAGUGGUCGGACCCUUGCGUGGCCAAAGUGCCCGCACAGUACGGGAUGGCGCAUGCAGGCCAGGGCGCACGGUCUCAGGUGACGGCGGAGCGGGUUGGGGGGGGCUCUGUAGGGGAUUGUUUAGGGGGGCUAGCAUCGGCAGUUUAGGGGCCCCCCUGAGCUGUCAGUCAAACUCGGUCACUACAAUGGACUGGUUGGAAGAGCAGCUAACAGCAACAACAACACAGGUUCUUGUACUUGCAAAGAGCAAUCAAUUGUCACCACGAGGAGACGUGCAAGCCAUCAACGAUU